CUCCUCCUCCCCCUGACCCCAGUUCUCCUGGUGGGAUUGACCGCCCCCGCAUCAUCUAUUGCAUCAUGACGCAGGAACAGGAAGCUCGCCUAGACGAAUACGAACGGUCGCUUCCCGAGCAGCGCCUGGAUUUGGGGGUGCCCAUGCCUAUUCCAAGCACAGACUCCGAUACCGAGGGCCUUGCUCGUGACCGCUGGCUGGCUUGGAGUUGUAGGCAGUAUAAUCGACAGAUGCUCGAGUGGGAAGUUCUUCAAGAGCUCCAGAAGAUUGAUAGACAAGAGCUUCUACACCGACAGUACCUGCGCGAGCUGAAUAUCAUGAAUGGUAUGCAAACUCUGGAAGCUGAGGCUCCGAGUAUCAGCAGCUGCACCAACGGUGACACCAGCCCAAGAGACCGAGCAGUAGAGCGGUUGCAGGCAGCUCGGUGGGCAGAGGCAGACCCAGCUCCAGUGGUAUUGACAGUGGACAUCAUACGGUUCCUGUUCAAAUCUUCCAUUCCCGAGUCCUACCUGUGUUUAGUCGAGGAAUAUGGAGAUCGCGAGGUAGCCCCGAGCUCAGCGAGUGCAAUCCAGGAGCUGCUAAUUCGGAAGGAUGCCGGAAGGCCGCUGAACUGGGACGUUCGCCGUGAAGCACCGGUGCGGGUCGACCGCCCUGGCCCAUGUAGUUGCAACUGGAAUCCGCGACGCCGGCCUACAUCAACGCACCCUCCAACACCAAGCAGCUCUGCCGUCACAACCCGGCCCGGUUCCGCUUCCUAUCGAUGGGAGCCAUAUCCCCGUAACCGGCCUGACACACGCGACUCCAGAGUGGUUAUUCCAACUUGCCCUUGCUGCGGGGUAUGGGCGACGGACAUGCCAUGGCCCACGUUUCAAGGCGCAACUUUGGACAACAAUCUGCUAUACCACGACACUGCCACUCCACCCGAGGUUCCGGUAUCCGACAUAACCCGUCUCCUUGUGCAGAAUCUCAACCUUCCCAUGGUCGAAUAUGUCAGCAUGGAUCUGGAAGGGGACGUUAUCGACGAGACGUUUGAAGCUGCAAGUGAGUAUGGUGAGAACCACGAAGAAAACGAUAUGUGGUAAGGAAAACGGAAAAUUAACGAAAAAAAAGCAAGAAAAGAAAUCUCCUCGGAGAAAGACAAUAAGAAGAACCAUCCAUAGAAUUUUUCUUCCCUCCCACCUAUAAAGUUGACAAAUCACAAAGCGCAUAGGUAACUCCCGCCCAAUAACACGAUCUGAACAAAGAUCACGAAGAAUCCGAUUGGAAUACAGUGCCCUAUGCCAGCCACGAAG